AUGAGACGUACAAUUAAAGAUAAAUUGACAGGAAUAUUGGAUGAUCCUCGUGUAAGCAGUACAACUCAGUCAUUACAAAGUAGUGAUGGACGACGUCAAAUGACCGAUCGAGUUGUAGGAUUCGUCAAGGAAAAAAGUGGUCAAUUAGUAACAACAGUCCAGGAACAUGUAUCAUCCGUGACAGAUAUGACAGGAGCACUGGCAAAACAAAAAUUAUUACAAACAUUAUUUUCCUCUGGCGUUAUUCAAAGUGAACAUAUUCGACAAGCACUUCAGAUCGGAAUCGGUUAUUUUCUUAAUCAACAAUCUUGUCAACAUUCUGAGUGUAGUGCUUAUACUCAGCGACAAAAGUUUCCUGCUAAAGGUGGAAUCACACCACCUCAUGCGAUCCCUGACUUUGACAUCGAAGCUUACGGACUCGAUACAUUUAAUUCUCUACUAACUUUGCUCGGUAUCAGUGCCGAUGCUUUACGAAGACACAUAUGCACUGGUGCACUUAAAGACAUCGUAAAUCCAUCAAGUUCCGGUUCACUAUUAUACUUAACGUCUGAUGCGACAUAUCUUAUCAAAACUAUUCGUGACUAUGAUGCAAGAUUUAUCCAGCAAAAAUUUCUUCAAGAGUAUUAUCAUUAUAUUCAACAAACACCAGGAACAUUUCUUGCCAAAUUAUUGGGUGUUUACGGAUAUAUACCAUAUAUAUCCCAACAACAUGGUAUCACUGUUGAUUCGUUUACUUUACGUUUUGGAAUAUUUUCAAAUAUAAUUCCAACUAAUCUUGAUAUUCAUGAAAAAUACGAUCUCAAAGGUUCAUCCUACAAACGCGAUGCUAACUUCAGUGAACGAAUCAAGGCUUCUGCAACGUUCAAAGAUAAUGAUUUUCGUGAAAUACACCCUGAUGGCUUAAAAAUCCCUAAACAUAUUUAUCAGCACUUGAAACAAAUUCUAACUAGUGAUUCGGAGUUUCUUGAAAAACUCAAUAUUAUGGACUAUUCAUUAUUGUUAAUUAUUCAUAAUAUGGAUAAUCCAGUCCGACCAACACGUAGUGGUUCAUUAGAAGCACUAAUGGGCUCAGUCCGUGAUUCGUUGCUUGUUGGUAUGACAGAACAGCGUGCAGAAAAUAAGAGAAGGCCAUCCUUUGAAGCAAAAGAUCUCUGUAAAUUGAAGAAACCAAAUGAAGCAUUAGGAUUUCUGUACGAGGAAAUUCCAACAUUCGAUGUAGCAUACGCAAAAGAAUUCGGAGGUAUACCAGCAAUAAAUGGUAAAGGUGAACGUUUACUUCUUUUCCUGGGAAUUAUCGAUAUUUUACAAACAUUUGACAUUUGCAAAGUAAUGCAACGACAAUAUCAAACAGUUGAAAAUCGUGAUGUUGUCGAUGAGCGUUCAAUAGUUGAAGCAGAUUUUUAUGCCAGACGAUUUAAAGAAUUUCUCUUCGAACGUGUUUUUCGUCCGGCUGAUGGAGAAAUUCCGACUACUAACAAACAACAACGAUCAUCACUCUAUCCUGAGAUGCCUUAUUUUAAUCAGUAA